AAAAAACGUUCUGGUUUAAUUAUUGUCUGUCUUUUAAACUCAAAAGAUUGCGCAACAGGUCUAUGUGCGAAACGUCUGUGUACAUAUUUUGUAUUUUAACUGUUACGUGAAUACAAAGUAUUACCGUAUCCAAGAUUUUGUAAUCCUUUACUGUCCAAGAUGAACUCUGCGAAUUUCUCUCAGCUGUUGGCCAAAGUAGGAAAUCCGAGGGCUCGCCUGUCACUUCUUCCACUUGGGUCUUUGUACGUUACCAUACGUAAAGCGUGGCUAUCAAAUAAAAUCUCUAAACCUCACAAAAGGAACAUUCUUCUGAUGGGUCCUCCAGGAGCAGGAAAGACCAGUGUGGGCCGGAUUGUGGGACGCAGUCUAAGAAUGCCUGUUAUUGAUAUUGAUGAUGAUGUCCUGGAAAGGACAUGGGGAAUGAGUGUAGCGGACAAACUCUCUGAGGUGGGUGGAGAUCGUUUUAUUGAAGAAGAAGGUAAAGCCGUAUGUGGAUUAACUGCUACAGGAAGUGUCAUCUCUCUUACUGGCUCAAAUCCACUGCAUCCGGAUGCUAUGCAGUAUCUGAAACGCUCUGGACUGGUUGUGUACCUGGAUGUCGAAACGGAGGAUAUCAUGCAGAGACUCUCCAGAAUGAAGGUGAAUAGGAUUGUGGGACAGGAUGCCGGCAUUUCUAUGCGAGAGAUAUUACAAUACCGGAAACAGUUUUAUGAGAAAUGGCUUGAUUCACGAGUACUUUGUGGACCAGGAGACUCCGUGGAGGACGUGGCAAGAAAAGUGCUCAGGACUCUGAGUAGAUACGAGGACUCCGAAUCGGAGACGUUUAUCUCAACAAGGAGUGAGCCUUCAAGUAGAAAUGAUCCUAAAUUCUUCAGUGAUGUUGUUGUAGAAGGUCUCGCGCCAGACGGAGGGCUUUAUGUGCCGAAGAAUGGAUUUCCCAAAUUAGAUAAAUCAGAAUGGUUGAGAAUAGCCAACAUGUCAUAUGCUAUGAGAGGCGUGGCUAUACUGGAAAACUGUAUUCAUCCUAUGGAUUUGUCCCCGGUAGAACUGAGCACGAUGGUGCAUCGUGCCUACCGGCAAAACUUUGCCAGUCCAUCAGUGGUACCUCUGAAACACCUCACAGAGAAUCAAUAUGUUCUUGAACUUUUUCACGGCCCCACUGCCUCUUUUAAGGACUUAGCGCUGCAGUUAAUGCCACAACUCUUUGCUCACUGCCUUCCGCAAAUGUGCAACUACCUCAUUCUGGUGGCCACAUCUGGAGAUACCGGGAGCGCUGUGCUAAACGGAUUCAGUAAUCUUAAAGCCACCGACCAGGAGAGGAUAGGAGUCCUUGUUUUUUUCCCUGAGAAUGGUGUGAGUGAAAUCCAAAAAGUGCAGAUGACCGGAUUUCAACAGGGCAAUGCCAGAUCCAUCAGUGUUUUAUCUGACUUUGACUUCUGUCAGAGGACCAUUAAGCGUAUGUUUGGGGACUCAAGCUUGACGGGACACAUAGCUGUAGAAUAUGCUACGAUCCUCAGUACCGCAAACUCAAUCAACUGGGCACGAUUGCUACCGCAGGUGGUGUAUCACUGCUCGGCCUACAUGGACUUGCUUAAAAACGGAGUGCUGACGUUUGGUGAACCUAUCGAUGUUUGCAUCCCCACUGGAAAUUUUGGCAAUGCCAUGUCAGCCCUAUACGCAAAACAGAUGGGAAUCCCAAUACGGAAGGUAAUAUGUGCAUCCAACGGUAACCGUGUCAUAUCUGACUUUAUCAAUUACGGGGAGUAUGACCUUCGAGACAGAAAGUUGUUUGUUUCAAGCUCUCCUGCUAUUGAUAUUCUUAAGUCCUCCAACCUUGAGAGAUUUAUCCAUCUCGCAUCCGGUGGGGAUGGCAAUCUUGUGAGAGACCUGUUCUUCAAGCAGGAGAGAGAUCAGUUUUUUAAAGUGUCAGAGGCUUUACUGCAGGAGAUAAAAAUGGACGUUCAAGCAGGCUGGUGCUCUGAAGACGACUGUUUGAGAGCCAUUCACGAGGUGCACACGAAAACAGGUUACCUAAUGGAUACACACACAGCGGUUGGCAAAGUGGUGGCCAGCCGCAUACAUGACAAAACAUGUCCGCUUGUGAUAUGCUCAACAGCACACCCUGGGAAAUUUGCCCCAGUUGUGUUAAAAGCCCUCCAGUGUCAAAAUAUCCCAAAGGACCCUACUGAGCAGCAGUAUAAACUCUGUGCCAUUGGAGGCCAAGAACACAUGCAUGAAGGUCUGUUGAAUUGUCUGAGAAACAGCAGAGAUGAUCCAUAUAAAACGUGUCCAGCUGACUUUAAUGUGCUGUCAGAAGAAGUAGAAACGAUGUUACAAGACUCCUUUAUGAAAGUGCAUUAAGAAGACCCACAAUGCAUUAGAUAGUAACACCAAACAUUGGUAAGACCUGUGCCAAAAUGGUGGCAUUUGGUGAAGUCAACAAGACUGUUGAGUGUCCCAUUUGCGAUUUUAAAACUGCGCUCGAAAUCUGUUCGCUCUCAAUAUGUAUUUUUGUAAUGCAGACUCAAAGAUAUUAUAAUACUGCAUAUCCUUUUGCCCACAGCAAAGUGUCAUGAAAUGCAAAGUCCAUAUUGGUUAAAUAACAUUUACAGCAUUGUUGUAUAAGUGUUUAAAAAAAAAAAAAGAAUGCAGUUC